AUGUUUUUUUACAUAAAAAAACCGAGUUUUAUAAAUUUUUCAAAACAGGACUACGAACAUGAACAGAUAAAAAAAUUUACUGUUACUCAACGAAAAGGUAUAUCUAAUACAAAACUUAUUAUUUAUGAAGAUAAUUCUAUUUACUUAAAAAAUGGAUCACAGUAUUUCAAAUUGUCUGAAACACCAGUUUCUAAGAAAAACUAUGUGGCUAAGAUUCAAAAUGAUACAAUCACUGUAGAAGAACCAAUCACCAAGAAGUUUUUUAUACAUAAAUUGUAG